AUGCUAAUUACAACAGAGAAGCAUGAAGACUUUGAGACAACUCUUCUAGAAUGGGGGCUCGCCAAGGGUGCAUCUGCAUACACUGGCACUAUUCACUUGUACACAAUUGGCGGGAAAACAGUUGUAGUGUACACGUCAUACAAUUCCAACAACAACUAUGUGUACAUUAAAACACAGAAUUUGCCCAAUGCAUCGCCACAGAAUACAUAUCCCGGAUUUUUGCGCGUACAGCUGAAUGAGCAGGUUCUCAAUUCAAUUCUGAAGGAGGCCCAUAAGCCAAAAGAAUAUAAGAUAAAAGAAUCUGUUGUUUCCAACGCACAAAUGGAAAGAAAGCUAAUAAACAUUGAAUCUGGGGACAUUAAAGUGCUAACAGGAAUUGAAGGCCUUGACCAUGCAGUUGAAAUAUUCAAUGACAUUCCGCUCCAAAUAAAGCCAGUUGCGCUAGGGUCUUUUGAAGAAACACUUUGUAAACUGUUUAUGGACACUUUAUUAAUAUAG